CAAGCUCAGGCAUUUAUUGCAGCUCUCAGCCAGGAGCAGCAGGGAAAGUUACACAUAAAGUGCUGGGGAGCAAGAGGGGAGACAGAAGCUUAUCCACCUUGGGAUACUUUAUUAUUUUUUUUUUCCUCUUGUGCUGAGAAGUUUUAUUUUCCUCUCCCCGGUCCCUGGGAUCCCAGCCAGACAGGAAGCAUUUUCUCACGGCCAGCGAGCUCCCUCCGUCCUUCCUGCGGCUCCCAGUGAUUCAGCCCUGAAUUGAUUUUCUCCGUCAUCCUUCACCUGGUGCUGGGAAGGAGAGGACCACUCCCGCAGCACCCCCCCACCCCGCAGCCUCACAACCGCAUCCCGCCCGGGGUGGAUGCUCCCCAGGGAAGUUCACAGCCAGGAGCAGCCACACAGAGGCUGAGGCUCUGUGGGAGAACCCCAGAGACACGCUUGGACCCCUCCAAAGGAAGCCAUGGCCGACAGCCAGAUGCCUUUCUCCUGCCAUUACCCCAGCAGGCGCAGUGUCCGCGACCCUUUCCGGGAGCCGGGCUUGACCUCGCGCCUGCUGGACGAUGACUUCGGCAUCUCCCCCUUCUCCGGGGACCUGACGGCGGACUGGCCUGACUGGGCUCGGCCCCGGCUCACCACUACCUGGCCGGGUCCCCUGCGUGCCGGCAUGAACCGCGCCUCCACCAUGGCCCCCAGCUACGGCACACGCUUCGGGGGGUACCCCGAGAGCCGCAGCCCUGCGCCCUUUCCCCGCGAGCCCUGGAAGGUGUGCGUCAACGUGCACAGCUUCAAACCUGAGGAGCUGACGGUCAAAACCAAGGAUGGCUACGUCGAGGUGUCAGGCAAACACGAGGAGCAGCAGGUGGAAGGAGGCAUCGUCUCCAAGAACUUCACCAAGAAAAUCCAGCUUCCCUACGAGGUGGACCCCAUCACCGUCUUUGCCUCCUUGUCACCGGAGGGGCUGCUGAUCAUUGAGGCACCCCAGAUCCCUCCCUACCAGCAGUACGGCGAGGGUGGCUGUGGCAGUGAGAUCCCCGUUGAGAGCCAAGAGGCCACCUGUGCCUGAGGGACCACCCACAUCCCUCCUGCACCCCAGCAUCCCUCCUUCCCUCUCCCUGCUCCCCUUGGAUCCCCGCUCCCCGGUCCCCUGCGGCGUGGCAUCCGGCGAGGGUGACGGGUGCUGCUCGCAGGGAUGGCAUCACCUGCCACCCCACGGGGGGCCCAGCUGAGAGCUGGGGUGUGUGUGCAGGGUGCCAGGCCACCGUCCUUGAGGGCUUGUAGCUGCCUGAGGUGCCAGUAGAGAUUUUGUGCCCAUGAGGCCGAGCAGAACGGAUAUUCUCACGAUGGUUAUUUUCUGCUCCGAGCCACUCGGACGGGAUAUUUAUAACAAUAGCAAAAAACAAGGGCGCUUUUUUUCUCUAGAUCUGAGGUGGAAUCCCAUAGCCCUGUGCCUUUUCCUCCUUCAUGGGUUGGGCUUGUUUUAAGCUACAUCUCUGCAAAGGACACGCGUCCGGCAGCGGAGCUUGACGGCACGGCCUCUGUCCUGAGGAACGCAAACCGUCCGCGUGUUUUGAACAUUGAGGUUUGGGUGUUGGGUGUUGGUUUGUGGUUUUUUUCUUGU